AAUGUAUAUUAGCUCAUUAGUUUCCUUGUAAUCCAUAAGUUAGUCAACUUCUCCUUUAAAAGGAAGCUAACUUAUGGAAAACCGAAGAAUCCAAAAAGAUGUGAGAGAAUAUAGACUAGAUAGAGAGAUUAGGUUUUACGCUGCUCUCCUUCUCGAGGAGAGUAGCGUUAGUCCACGGUAUAACAAAUUCAUUUAUCUCUUCUCGAUAUCUUUCUAUCGGCUCCUUCUUCACUGUUAUGAUUUUUUUAUCGUUAAGAAAAGGGGACUAUCACAGGACGAUACAAAUCCAAAGGUUACUUCACCCAUACUUCACUUAGUUAGCGGCAAGGGGGAAAUGGGGAUGAAUUGGAUGUUGAUAUUUUCUCUAACGUGUUCAAUUGCAGGGAUGGGAAGCUCAUUCAAAGAAUCAAGCUUAGCAAGCGGCAGGUCCCAGACCGUAUUAUUUGGAGGGAGGAACCAGAUGGACAUUUCUCGGUCAGGAGCUAUUAUCGGAAGAUAUCGGGGGAGAUGGCGAUUGGAGAAUGGGCAGGAUGGACGCAGGUUUGGAAUUAGAAAACUCCUCCCAAAGUUAAAUCCUUUUUCUAGAAAGUGUGCUCUCGUUUUCUUCCUACCCGAAGCGCACUGCGGUAUAGAAGAGUACAAUGUCCGAUUGAGUGUGGACUUUGCAAGAUGGCUGAAGAAUAGUCCCUGCAUCUUUUUGUUGGAUGUUUGGUGGCUCGUGAGGUUGGUCGGCUGCUGGGAUGGAAGAACUUGGAGCAAAAUUGGGUCUCUCUUCUGGAAUGGCUCGAAGCAAAUUUCCAAGCAAGCGGGGAGGAGGACUUGUAUGCAAUAAUCUUGGGCUAUUGAGAGAUUUGGUGUGAACGAAAUAAACGAGUAUGGCAUGGUACUGAGUAUUGCAUUCUUCGAAGGUUGUCUAAAGCACAUAAAGGAAGAGAGUCUUCUGCCUCCUCUGCUUUUGUGGCGCAAGCUGGGAUGGUUCGCUGCAAAAGGCCCUCACAUGGGAAAAUGAAGCUCAAUAUUGAUGCUUCUGUGACAGAUUCAAGGUGUGGGCUGAGUUGGGUGCUCCGGGAUGACCAUGGGGAAUUUUUAGCAGGUGGGGCAUGUCAGAAGCCGGGGUGAGCAUCCCGGUAGAGGUGGAAUUGAUGGGUAUUCAGGAGGUUCUAAGUUGGCUUAAGGAACAAGAGUGGAAUUUUAUUGAUGUUGAAUCGAAUUCAGUGCAAGCUAUUAUGGAGAUUCUCAAGGGAUUGAGUGUUUCGACUAGAGUACUUUUGGCUGAAGACAUUAUUAUUAUGAGUAGGCAGUUUACUAGUAUUUUCUUCUCGCAUGUGAGGCGUUCUGCGAAUACCGUUGCUCAUGCUUUGGCGAGGGUGGAGUGUUCUGUGACUGAUCGCUAUAUUUGGCCUUAUAAUCCGCCCGAUUCUAUUAUUCAUGUACUUCAUCAUGCUUUGAUUAAUUAUAAUUAAACUUUCUCUGUUAAAAAAAGAAGCACAAUAUCACACAAUCUAUUUAAGUAAAUUUAUAUCAUCUUACCC